UUCUUCUUCCCAAAGCUUGGGCAGAUGGAGGAGGAGGCUGCAAGGAAGAGGAAGAUGCCUUGGGCCCCCCAGGCAGGUGAGGAGGAACUGAGGACGGAGAGCCCGGAGGACAAAUCCCCGCGGCAGAGCCUGGUGGGAGAGGCCGUUUUGAAGGGCUCCCCGGCGCAGGAAGGCAGCGGGGAGGAAAAGGGCCAGAGAUCCUCCCGCAGGAGGGGCUCCAAAGCCAGCCCAGGGUGCUCUGAGGAGGAAAGAGGCAGCCUGUGCCAGGAAGGCGGCCGGAGCUUGAGGGGGAGCUUGGACCUGGUGGUCCCUGAGCAGCCUCCCAGCAGGCAGAAGCCCUUCCGGUGCUUGGAAUGUGGGAAGAGCUUCAGGAAGAGCUCCAACCUCCUCACCCACCAGCGCAUCCACACUGGGGAACGGCCAUACCCAUGUCAGGAAUGUGGGAAGAGUUUCAGGGACAGCUCCACCUUUAUCCGACACCAGCACAUCCACACUGGGGAACGUCCCUACACAUGUCGGGAAUGUGGGAAGAGCUUCAGGUACAGCUCCAACCUCCGCACCCACCAGCGUAUCCACACCAGAAAACGGCCUUACAAGUGCUUGGAAUGUGGGAAGAGCUUCAACCUGAGCUCCAACCUCCUCAGCCACCAGCACAUCCACACUGGGGAAUGUCCCUACUCAUGUAGCAAUUGUGGGAAGAGUUUCAGUAACAGCUCCUCCCUGAUCAAACACCAGCGCAUCCACACUGGGGAAUGGCCAUACCCAUGUCAGGAAUGUGGGAAGAGUUUCAGGGACAGCUCCACCUUGAUCCGACACCAGCACAUCCACACUGGGGAACGUCCCUACACGUGUCGGGAAUGUGGGAAGAGCUUCAGGUUUCAGCGCAGCUCAACUCUUCUCAGGCAUGAGCAGACACACACGGAUGAGAGGCCCUUCCGCUGCACCGACUGCGGGAAGGACUUCAAGCAGAACGGCAACCUCAUCAGACACCGGCGCAUCCACACGGGGGAGAGGCCCUACAAGUGUGAGGAGUGUGGGAAGAGCUUCACUGACAGGUCUGGCUUGACCAAACACCAACGGACCCACCAGUAA